GCACCGCGUCAUUCUGGCAAGGCAGUGGGCACCGAGUCACCAGGUACGAAACAGCGGGCUCUGAGUCAAUUGGCACGACAGCUGGGCACCGGAUCAGGUACCGGAUCAUCUGAUCAACAGCGGGCAUCGAGUCAACUGGCCUAAUAGGAUCGUCAGGCUGGAUCAGUUCAUCAUGCUGAGUAGGAGGCAUCAGGCUGAGUAGAGGCAUCCGCUGAAUAGAGGCAUCCCGGCUGAGGUAGAGGCAUCAGGCUGAGUAGAGGCUUCAGGUGAAGUAGAGGCUUCAGAGCUGAGUAGAGGCAUCAGGC